AAAACAGAUGAUAUUGAUAGAUCAUUUGAUUUCAUUCAUUGACUGACUUGCACAGUUGCACCCCAGGCUUGGCUCUAUAAAUUAGGCGGUAAAUGGAAUGAUUAAAACAUAUCAUUUUUCACAGAAUCAUAGAAAAAUCAAGAAAAUGUCUGAAUCAAGGAGCUUAGCCUCACCACCAAUGUUGAUGAUUCUUCUCAGCCUUGUAAUAGCUUCCUUCUUCAACCACACAGCUGGACAAAUCGGAGUAUGCUACGGGAUGCUAGGCGAUACCUUGCCAAGUCCAUCGGACGUUGUGGCUCUUUACAAACAACAAAACAUCCAGCGAAUGCGGCUCUACGGCCCUGACCCAGGCGCUCUUGCCGCUCUCCGUGGCUCUGACAUCGAGCUCAUCCUCGACGUUCCCAGUUCAGAUCUUGAACGUCUCGCCUCCAGUCAAACGGAGGCCGACAAGUGGGUUCAAGAAAACGUUCAGAGCUACAGAGAUGGUGUCAGAUUCCGGUACAUCAACGUUGGAAAUGAGGUGAAACCCUCAGUUGGGGGGUUUCUCUUACAAGCAAUGCAGAACAUCGAGAACGCGGUUUCUGGAGCAGGGCUUGAAGUCAAGGUCUCAACAGCUAUAGCCACUGACACCACCACUGAUACGUCUCCUCCGUCUCAAGGAAGGUUCAGGGAUGAGUAUAAGAGCUUUCUCGAACCAGUGAUAGGUUUCUUGGCAAGCAAGCAAUCUCCCUUGCUCGUGAAUCUCUACCCUUACUUCAGCUACAUGGGAGACACGGCCAACAUCCAUCUAGACUACGCUCUGUUCACCGCCCAGUCCACUGUUGAUAACGAUCCAGGGUACUCAUACCAAAACCUAUUCGACGCAAAUCUCGACUCGGUUUAUGCAGCAUUGGAGAAAUCAGGGGGCGGAUCGUUGGAAAUCGUGGUGUCGGAGACCGGUUGGCCCACAGAGGGAGCAGUCGGGACGAGUGUGGAAAACGCAAAGACUUAUGUUAACAAUUUGAUACAACAUGUGAAGAAUGGAUCACCGAGAAGGCCAGGGAAAGCUAUAGAGACUUAUAUAUUCGCUAUGUUCGAUGAGAAUAAGAAGGAACCAACGUAUGAGAAGUUUUGGGGACUGUUUCAUCCAGAUCGACAGUCUAAGUAUGAAGUUAAUUUCAACUAAUCCUUAGAGACUUGUGGGCUUUUUAUGUAAGCGUAUUUAAAAAUUGGGAACUUGUUGUAGUAAUAAGGAAUAAUUAAUGCGCUUUCAGCGUGUAGUAUGUUGUUAUUUUUAAGGUUAUAAAUGAGCUGCAAGCAUAAAUAAGGAAAAAAAAUAGCAUGGGCCUAUAGGCCCAAUAAUAAAACAAGCUUGCUUAGGGAAUGUGAGACCCAAAAUUUUGUGGAAUUCUUGUUAGCAAAAUGUUUUUGAGUAUGCAUGAUGCGAUGAGUCAUCUUGGCGAACUUCUUCUCACCUCUUUUUUUUGUUACUAUCAAC